UGCCCCAAUCUGCGCAUCCCCGGGCGUCACGUGGCCGGGAAGGGCGGGGAGCCGAGCACACCAAGCGGAGACAGGCCUCCACCGCCUCCGCUGCCCACCCAGCUUCUGGUUUCUCCGCCGCCGAAUCUCGGGAAAUCAAAGCGGGCGGGCGGACUUCCUCCAACACCCGCUCCCCACCUUUCCUUACCCAGGCGGCCGCACCGCAAGAGAUUUCAGUUACCACUGAAGAGGAGGAGGAGGAGACGAAUAUUUGGUGUGCGGGCCCCCUGUGCGGCCCUGGGGUUGACAGUCCGGCUGUUGUCCAGACUCCCGCCAGUGCUCCUUCUGAACACCCCCAAACUGUUCCUCACACACACCCUCCUGCAAAAGAAGGUUUCAGUUUAUUCUCCAGCUGGGGAAAGGACGGACGACGAGGAAGAAAAAAGAGGGAGGCGGCAGACAGCAAACGUAGAAUAAAUGUCCAGCUCGUCCUCCGAGCGAAAUCAGGGGAGGGGACACGCAGGGGGAGCGGCGAAGAGGGAGCUGCCCAUUAAAACCAGCGCUGAGAGUCCUGGCGGCGGCGGCGGCGGCGGCGCGGGACGCGUCACAUCCCCUUGACCCUCCAAUCACCUCGGGCUCCCAUUUGAUUGGAAGGCGGCAAAGGCUUUAAUCUCCCCCUCGGUGCAGCUGCUUUUGAAGUGAGUUUCCUCGCCAGAGCCCAGGCUGGACAGGCAGCGGCUCACAUCGCGGAGAGCAGCGCAGGCGCUAUCGCCGGGCCGCGAGUGCGCAGCGCAGGGGCACAGCCCGAGGCGGACACCGCGAGCCACCCGGCACUCCCGCAGUCGGGCCGGCUCCUCCCGCUCGGCCACGGCUCCGCUGCGGGUCACCCAGGAUUAUUCGCUUCUGGCUCCAGGCGCCGAGAAGGCGCUCUGGGCGCCCGUGAUCGCCGCGCCAGCUCCUCCUCCUCCUGCUGCUGCUCCUGCUCCCCGGGCGAGCGCGCAGCCCCGAGCCCGCCCCGCGCCUCCAGGAGCCCUCCCCCCGCUGCUCCCAUGCGCGCGGGUGGGUCAUGAGCACAGCGCCCUCGCUUUCUGCCUUAAGAAGCAGUAAGCACAGCGGCGGCGGCAGUGGCAGCGGCAGUGCGGACCCUGCCUGGACCAGCGCGCUCUCUGGAAAUAGCUCCGGCUCCGGCCCCGGCCCAGGCUCGUCCCCGGCCGGCAGCACCAAGCCUUUUGUGCACGCCGUGCCCCCCUCUGACCCUCUCCGCCAGGCUAACCGCUUGCCCAUCAAGGUGCUGAAGAUGCUGACGGCACGGACUGGCCACAUUUUGCACCCCGAGUACCUGCAGCCCCUGCCUUCCACUCCUGUCAGCCCCAUAGAGCUUGAUGCCAAGAAGAGCCCGCUGGCGCUGUUGGCCCAAACAUGCUCGCAGAUCGGGAAGCCCGACCCCUCGCCCUCGUCCAAACUCUCCUCGGUCGCCUCCAACGGGGGAGGCGCGGGCGGUGCCGGCGGCGGCGCCGGGGGCGACAAGGACGCAAAGUCGGGCCCCCUCAAGCUGAGCGACAUCGGCGUGGAGGACAAGUCGAGUUUCAAGCCGUACUCCAAACCCGGCUCGGAUAAGAAGGAGCCGGGAGGCGGGGGCGGCGGAGGCGGGGGCGGCGGGGGCGGUGGCGGGGGGGUUUCGGCGGAGAAAUCAGGAUUCCGGGUACCGAGCGCCACCUGCCAGCCAUUCACGCCCAGGACAGGCAGCCCAAGCUCCAGCGCCUCGGCCUGCUCGCCAGGAGGCAUGCUGCCUUCGGCCGGGGGCGGCCCGGAGGGCAAGGACGACAAGAAGGACCCCGAGGCGGGCGGCGGCGGUGGCGGCAGCAAGGGCUCCGGGGGCGCCUCGGCCGAAGGGGGACCCACGGGGUUGGCGCACGGCCGGAUUAGCUGUGGCAGCGGGAUUAAUGUGGACGUGAACCAGCACCCAGAUGGGGGCCCCGGGGGCAAGGCUCUAGGCUCGGACUGCGGCGGCUCAUCGGGCUCCGGCUCCGGCUCCGGCCCCGGCGCGCCCACCUCCUCCUCGGUGUUGGGCUCUGGGCUGGUGGCGCCCGUGUCGCCCUACAAGCCGGGCCAGACAGUGUUCCCUCUGCCUCCCGCGGGCAUGACCUACCCAGGCAGCCUGGCUGGGGCCUACGCCGGCUACCCGCCCCAGUUCCUGCCACACGGGGUGGCGCUCGACCCUACCAAGCCGGGCAGCCUGGUGGGGGCGCAGCUGGCGGCGGCCGCGGCGGGCUCUCUGGGCUGCAGUAAGCCCGCCGGCUCGAGCCCCUUGGCCGGAGCGUCGCCGCCGUCCGUGAUGACAGCCAGUUUGUGCCGGGACCCGUACUGCCUCAGCUACCACUGCGCCAGCCACCUGGCUGGGGCGGCAGCAGCCAGCGCGUCGUGCGCUCACGAUCCAGCCGCGGCGGCUGCGGCUCUCAAGUCCGGAUACCCGCUGGUGUACCCCACGCACCCUCUGCACGGCGUGCACUCAUCGCUAACCGCUGCCGCGGCUGCCGGCGCCACACCGCCCUCUCUGGCCGGCCACCCCCUCUACCCCUACGGCUUCAUGCUCCCUAACGACCCACUCCCCCACAUCUGCAACUGGGUGUCGGCCAACGGGCCUUGCGACAAGCGCUUCGCUACGUCCGAAGAGCUGCUCAGCCACUUGCGGACCCAUACGGCCUUCCCCGGGACAGACAAACUGCUGUCGGGCUACCCCAGCUCUUCGUCUCUGGCCAGCGCUGCAGCGGCCGCAAUGGCUUGCCACAUGCACAUCCCCACGUCGGGCGCCCCGGGCAGCCCCGGGACGCUGGCGCUGCGCAGCCCUCACCACGCGCUGGGACUCAGCAGCCGCUACCACCCCUACUCCAAGAGCCCGCUCCCCACGCCCGGCGCUCCCGUGCCCGUGCCCGCCGCCACCGGACCCUACUACUCCCCCUACGCCCUCUACGGACAGAGACUGACCACGGCCUCCGCGCUGGGGUACCAGUGAGGGCGGUCGGGAGGGCUGUCGAGGGAAAGAAAAGAACUGGGGGGUGGGGAAGAGCCGAGGGAGGGGCGGGAACAGGGCAGAGGCUACUGUCACCCGCGCGUGGGGAUGACCCGGGCCAGAAAAGGAAAAUACAUAUAUACCGUAUCUAUCUACCCGAAACAGCGACCGAGACCCGGUGGGAAACUCACUCCCCUUUUCCCCACCUCUCAUCUCCCCACCCAAACUUUAUAAAAGUUGAAAAAAUAUCAUUUGACUUUUUAUAGAAAAAGAAGGAAAAAAGAAUUGAGAAAGUGUUCAUCUGAGGACUGCAUCGGUGGACACUGGUAUUUAUUUAUGUUAGCUCCAAGCGGACCCGUGGUUCAAAAGUGCAUUACUUAGUUUGAGCUCCGUAGGUAAAAAGGAAGAGGGGGAAAAAAUUAAAACUUGAGGGUAAAAAUGUGGAAAACAAACCCUCCCGUCCCUUGUAGAUUAUAAAUAAAUACAAAACCGCCACAGAACUAGAGGUCUUCUCUUUAAUGUUACUUUAAAAUUGCUAUGAUUGUAUUGUACGUUCUUAUUUAAUGUCUGAUUGAAACAAAUUUACCUGCAUGUUUGUUACAAAAAAUGAAAAAACAAAACAAAACAAGUCACAAUUUGUCAGCUCUGAUUUCAAAUUGCAAUUAUUUUUAAGGUGUAUACCAUCGAAAGAGAAUGGAUAUUUUUUUGUAUGUAGUCUGGAAGAAAACAAAAAAAAAAAAAAAAAGGAAAAACAAUUCUAUUCCAAAACCUCAUUUGCCUUAUUUUGUUCUUUAAAAGGAACACUUAACUAUUUUUAAUUUUUAAGUCCACCCGCUGAGAAGGGGACAAGUAAGGUUUACGUCAUGUACUAAAAUAAUAGACAAUGUAUCGCUUUAAAGAUUAAAAUUCCGUAUAUUUGAUGUAUUAAAAGGUUUUACUUCUUCUUA